GAGGUGAUGGGCUUGGUGCCGCUGGAGUAGGACAACAAAGGCCAGAGAAAAUUUUAGCACGGACUGAUUCGGCACCAAAGUCUAAUUAGAUGUUAAUUUGACAAACCAUACUCCUUUACUUCUUGGUGGUAGCUUAUCAUGGCUCCACCUGGUACAUCGAUUACAUUCUCUAGCGGCCGAAAUGAUCCUCCAGAUCUCCGUCUUUUGCAUUACAAUGAUGUAUACCACGUAGAAGCCGGAUCACAGGAUCCCGUCGGCGGCAUCGCUCGGUUUCAGACCCUCAUCAACGAAUACAACUCCCCACAAUAUGAUUCGCAACCCAAAUUAUUGACCUUCUUUUCCGGAGAUGCAUUCAACCCAUCAAUUGAAAGCACAAUCAGCAAAGGUGCUCACAUGAUCGAUUUCCUCAAUGGCACAGGCAUCGAUGUGGCAUGCUUGGGAAAUCAUGAUCUUGAUUUUGGUGUAACGCAGUUUCGAUAUUUAGCGGGGCGAUGCACGUUCCCUUGGCUUAUAGCCAACGUGCUGGACCCAGACCUGGCUGAAGAAAAUGCGGCUCUUGGAAACUGUCAGAAGACUUUGAUACUCACUUCUUCAAAUGGCAUUAAAGUCGGUGUUAUUGGACUAGUUGAGCGCGAGUGGCUGGAGACGAUUAAUUCCUUACCGCCGAAUCUUAUAUACAAGUCAGCAUCGGCGACUGCUGAGGAGUUGGUGCCUGGGCUAAGAGCCCAAGGCGCAGAAAUUAUCAUCGCUGUUACACAUAUGCGUGAACCCAAUGAUCUAAAACUUGCAGAGAAAACUACACCAGGGCUUAUCGAUAUUAUUAUGGGCGGUCAUGAUCACUUUUAUGGUCAUCAUUUCGUUAAUAAAACCCAUGUUCUUCGCUCUGGAACCGACUUCAGGCAAUUAAGCUACAUUGAAGCUCGGAAAAAGCAAGACGGAAGCCAUGGAUGGGAUUUUGACAUUACUCGUCGAGACGUCUUGCGCGAGGUAGCAGAGGAUCCUGUGACGCUUCAAGCGAUUGAGAGACUUGAAACAAGCUUGAAAGCAAAACUUGAAAAGCCUAUAGGAUACUCAGCAGUGCCUCUCGAUGCCAGAUUUGAGACGGCCCGUUUGAAAGAGUCAAAUUUAGGAAAUUUCGUGUGCGAUUUGAUGCGUCACUACUACAACGCUGAUUGUGCGCUCAUGGCUGGAGGAACAAUCAGAGGAGAUCAGAUCUAUUCUCCUGGUAUCAUUCAUCUGAAAGACAUCAUGAACUGCUUUCCUUUUGAAGAUCCCGUCAUUGUUCUCAGAGUUACUGGCCGAGCCAUACUAGAAGCAUUAGAGAACUCUGUUUCCAAAUAUCCAGCAUUGGAAGGUCGUUUUUCGCAAGUUUCUAGCAUUCAAUUCAAGUUCAAUCCUAAAGCGCCGUCUGGAUCAAGGAUACUAUGGGCGCGCAUCGGGGAUGGUCCGCUCGAUCUCGAACGAAAAUAUGUCCUCUGUACAAGAGGGUAUAUGGGCCGAGGGAAAGACGGUUUCCAAUCCUUACUUGUCGAAAGCGAAGGCGGGCAAGCAGAAGAAUUGGUCUCAGAAGAGCAGGGCGUCAUGAUCAGCACAAUUUUGCGUCAAUAUUUUAUGAGCCUCAAAGUUAUUGGGAAAUGGCGACGAAUGGGUCCACACAUUCGAAUGCAUCUAACGAAUAUUCAUGAGCGCAUGUGUGAGAGCGGUUAUUUCAAAGAGCCCGACUCGCAAGCACCGGUUGGUCAAACGACAACCGACACGGAUGAUCCGCAAGCACCGAAACCUGCGGUUGAAGAAAAGCCAGCCGAACUAGACUAUGAUACAGACGACGAAACGAUGACUGUUGGCAGGGCCUCUCCAGGUACCCACCAUCGUGAAAGGAGAUGCACUGUGGCGAGGAUGGUUACCAGGAAAUGGAUGAGACUGGCUGGCGUCAAGAGGGAGAAUGUUGGUAUGGUCUGGGAUGAUGAGGGCGAGUUCAUGCCGAGCUGGACAACCGGUAUCAGGCCAAGACUAGAGGGGCGGAUAAUCAUGGAGCAGACGGUCCAGGCAUGACCCAAAUGAGCGAGCCAUAGAAGAAUACAACUAUUAUAUUCCC